AUGGGGCUGAUGUGCCGACCGCGCGACUGCGCCUUGCCGUCGCUUCCGGCCGAGAUCUGGGUGAACCACAUCUUCCCGCUGUGCCCGAAGUCCUGGUUCGAGCCGCCCGUCCCGCUGCGGGCGCCCGUGGCGACGGCCCCAAUCGGAGGGCCAGCCGCACCCUUGGCCUUCACGCCGCCUCCACGGGCUCGCGCCAAGGCCGAGGGCGCCGACGACUCAGACGACGGCGCCUCCACGCGGGCGCCCUCGUCGGCGGCAUCCUCCGCGCAGGUUACUCCAGAGACGGAGCCCAGCCAGCCCCCUGCGCACAUCGUGGCGCAGAUGGAUCCGAUCUCAGCUGGCGAGCCUGCCAUGGAUUUGGACGGCGCCCUCUCGCCGCCACGAGGUACGCUCUUUGAGGUCUUCGACAACGGGCAGAGGCACGCGAUCGGCAUGCAGGGAGACCCAGACGACAUGGACACGGACUUCGAGAGUCCACGGCUGGCAGUGCCCAUUCGCCUGGUGCAGCAGGUGCUCGCCGCGACCAUGCGGAGGAGGCGUCGUGCCCGGCCCGAGUUUGAUUCGGAGGAGGAGGCGGAGGAGCCGGAGGCGCCGCGGCACGAGGAGGACGUGGACGACGAGGAGGGCAUGGCGGACGCGGAGCGGUUCGACGCUGGCUUGUUCGAGGCCGCCGACAGCGACGCCGAGAUGGGCGUGGGAGAGGCCGAGGAGGAAGAGAACGACGACCCGAUGAUGCUGUGA